AUGUCUCCGCUGCAGCUGUCCGUCUACUGGCGCCUCUCCCUCGUCUUCUUCUUCCUCUCUUUCCUUUUCUAUCUCGACGUUUUCGCGGCCGCCGUCGUCGCCGGAUCCUGUCGGCGGGGCAACGGCACGAUGGCGCCUACUGCCGGCCAAUCACAGGCGAGCGGGAACCGAGACUCAGUGUGUGACUGGGCCGACUGGUUGCCGUACGCUCAGACUGCCUACAUGGUCGGCCUGCUGCUGGGAUCCCUGGUGGGCGGAGCCAUAUCCGACCGGUACGGGAAGCGCACGGUGCUGCUGGUGUGUAUGUACGUGCACGCCCUCUGUGGCCUCGUGCCCGCCGUCCUUCCUCAGCCCUUCCUCUACCUCGCCGUUCGCUGCUUGACCGGCGUCUGCUGCUGCUGCAUCAACAUCUGCUCCUUCAGUCUGGCCGUGGAGUGGACGCCGCCGGCCGCUCGGCUCUGGCCGUCGGCCUUCCUGCCGUUCUGCUUCAGUCUGGGGACGAUGGGCGGAGCUCCGCUGGCCUGGCUCAGCCCCACCUGGAGACAGCUGCACCUGUCGUUGGCUCUGCCUCAGCUCGUCUGUCUGCCGCUCUACAAUUCCAUACCAGAGUCUCCUCGCUGGUUGCUGCUCCGCAGGAGGACGGACGUUCUGGAGCGCUAUCGCUGCAACAGCCCUGCAGAUAAACAGUGUCUGGACUUGCUGUUGUGGUCCGACCUGCAGAAAGCCACCGAGGUUCAGAAGGAGUGUCCACCUGGAGGCCACGCCCCCAGUGACAUCAUCCACCUGAAGCAUCCCACGGUCCUUCUGCGGCUCUUUAUCAUGAGCUACCUCAGUGCGGCGUCGGCGUUGACGUACUUCGGCAUCUGCAUGAACAUCGGCUCUUUUGGCGUCGGCGUCUACUCCGCCCAGUUUUUCUCCGGCCUAUCGGAGGCUCCCUGCUUGCUCAUCCCAUUGGUUCGCCUGGGACGCCGGCCAAUCAGCAUGCUCGCUUUGUUCCUCAGCGGAGCGGCCUGCUUCCUGUCGCUGCUGUUGUCCAGAUACAACGGCGAGCCGGUGCUGGUGAUGAGUCUGGCUCUGCUGGGGAAACUCUGCAUCCUGGCGGCCCUCUUCAUCUCCACCCUGUACAGCAUUGAGCUGUUCCCCACUGUGGUCAGACAGCGGUGUAUGUCCUUGGUCAACCUGUCUUUCCGGCUCGGCUGCUUGGUCAACUCCCUCGUUCCUUCUACCCCAAACGGGGCGAUCUCAUUGGCCGCCAUGGUCGUCUACAGCAGCGGACCAAUCGUAGGCUGCGGCCUGUGCCUGCUGUUGCCGGAGACCAGCGGCGUCCCCCUCCCAGAUUCGGUGGAGGACUGUGAGAGGCAGCCUCGGCCCCGCCCACCCAGCAUGAAAGCCCUCUGGACACGGAAGCUGGUGAGCAGCCAAACCCAGAAAACUGAGACGCUCCCUGCAGAGAAAGACGAACUGCACACACUGGACUGACAUAAACACACGUGCACGUGCACACGCACACAGGUUGAGUUAUUUUUGUUGAAUUGUGUUUUAACCCAUAAGGAUCCACGGGACACAGGUGCUGUGAAGAUUCAGGAAAGUUCCUUCUCCAGCUGUAUCCUUGAUUUUAACUCAUGAAGUCCCUGAGGGACACCUGCGGAACAUCCUGGUGGGUCACGUGACCGGUCAUGUGAUUGUGUGUUGCAUUGUGCACACAUUUAGGGUUGAUAAUGCAUAAC